CAGGAAAAGGAAGUGAGGAUGGCGUGUACGGGACCUAGUCAGUGUUUGUCUGCCAGUGCAUAUGCUGAACGUUGCAGACCUUAAGUGAUCUUCAAGAGACGAAAAAAACAGUUGUAAUUCCCACUAUUCAAUGUACCUGCAGACCUACACCUUGACAGUAGCACUUCUGGUGCUACUAUCGCAUUGUUCGCUUGGCGAUGAUGAUGACAUAGAAGGACCUUUAAUGCCUGUGAAAGCUGAUGGGGGAAUGUACACUACGGAGGAAAUCAUCAAGGAGCGAAAGCACACAGGAGAGAGUCACACAGUGGAGACUGUGGACGGCUACAAGCUGACAUUGUUCCGGGUGGUUCAAGCCAAGAAGCCAGCCAUACCGGUCUUAUUUCAGCACGGUUAUCAAGCUUCAUCAGAUGCCUGGGUCACCGAUCCUGAAUCAUUAGCAUUUAGACUGUCCGAUGCUGGCUACGAUGUCUGGAUGACUAAUGCUAGAGGCAACGCUUACUCCAGGAGCCAUGCCAAACUUAAACCCGAGGACAAAGAGUUUUGGGAUUUUAGUUGGCACGAGAUGGGGAUGAUAGAUCUCCCGGCUGCGAUAGAGUACGUACUGAACAACACAGGUCAGCCCAGUCUACAUCUUAUAGCCCAUUCCAUGGGCACCACGGUAUGCUUCGUGAUGGCGAGCUCGAGACCCGAGUACAACCACAAGCUGAAGUCACUGGUGGGCCUGGCUCCAGUGGCCUUCCUCAGCAAGAUGGUACAGAUGGUGGGGCCUGAGGGCAUGGUGGAGGAGAUGGCAAAUAAGUACAUGAAACAAUGGAAGGAUUCUGGGAAAGUGGAGCUGUUUCCCAGGAAAGAUUUGGCCACCGACGAUAAGUCGCAGAUCACUUGUCUCGACGUGGAAAGAGAGUUACCGGGACAUGUGUGUCGACAAGAUAGAGGAGAUUCAGAAGGUAAUAGGAGGAGCAUAUAUCCCAGCCGGAACAUCCCUAAAGACGAUGGAACACUUCUACCAGAUGUCAGUUACAGGGAUAAUGAAGCACUACAAGUUUGACUCGGCAGAAGACAACAAGAAGGCAUACGGAAGCGAAGAACCCCCGUCAUACACCGACGAUUUCAAGAAAAUCACCGCCCCCACUCUUCUCUGGUCUUCUGACGUAGAUCAGAUAGUGAUGACGAAGGAUGUUGACGACCUGGUCGCCCUCCUGCCCAACCUCGUGGCUGACAAUAGACUUCAAGACAUUGAUUGUUUCGAUCACAUCGCUUUUCUCUUCCCUCGCCAGAAAAGCUGUAUCGCUGAGCGAGCUAAAUUCUACAGCAGCGUAUUGGAGGCUAUUCAAAAGCUGGAUGAAAAAUAACCACAUUUUUCAUAAAUAAAACUUGAAUAUUCUUCUCAAUA